AAAGGGGGUUAAGCUUUCAUAGGGGGCCUAGCUUCGUACAUUUGUAUUUGAUGCCUGCCUUGAACAUUUAUCCCCAGGCGAAAUCAAGUACUUUUUUGCAAACAUGAAGGCGGUCAUCUACACAGGAAAGGACACCAUUUCGGUCGAGGAGCGUCCAAAGCCAUCCAUCCUCGAGCCCACAGACGCCGUCGUCAAAGUCCAACACACCACCAUCUGCGGAACAGACCUGCAUAUCCUACAAGGCCACGUCCCGACAUGCACCCCCGGACGUAUCCUCGGCCACGAAGGCGUUGGAAUAGUUGAAUCGGUGGGCAGCGGCGUCACACGCUUUUCGGUCGGCCAACCCGUCCUGAUCUCCUGCAUCACGUCCUGUGGCUCCUGCAAUUUCUGCCGCAAAAACAUGCCCUCCCAAUGUACCACUGGUGGGUGGAUCCUGGGUAACACCAUCGAUGGCACGCAGGCAGAGUACGUGCGGAUCCCCCACGCAACGUUCUCCCUGCAUGCGCUCCCGGCUGGUCUUGACCCUAAAGUGGCCGUGACCUUAUCCGAUGUUCUUCCCACUGCGUAUGAAUGUGGCAUUCUAAAUGGCCAGAUCCAACCCGGGUCAAGUGUUGCUAUCAUCGGCACGGGGCCGAUCGGGCUGAUGGCCCUUCAGAUGGCGCAGAAUCUUUUCGGGCCGUCAACGAUCGCCGUUGUUGGCCGGGGAAAGCCCAGGCUGGACACUGCGAGGGAAAUGGGCGCAGAUCACGCGAUUAGUGUGCUUGGGGGUCCGGCGGAUGCUAUCGCCUCUGGGCUUGCAGUGACAAACAACCAGGGAUUCGACGUGGUAAUCGAAGCAGUGGGGACGAAUGAUUCGUUUGAGCUCGCGCAGGCGUUAGUAGGUCCCGGCGGGACGAUAGCCAGUUUGGGGGUUUUUGGGGAACCCUGUCCUCUACAUUUGGAGGAACUGUGGCAUCGCAAUAUCUGUAUUAGAACACGGCUGGUUGACGCGUGCACGACCCCGGAUCUACUGAAGAUUGUUGAGGCGGGCAAAAUUAGCCCUCACUUUUUGGUUUCGCACAAUUUCCCGUUCGAUCAGAUACACAAGGCCUAUGAAACAUUCCAGGCGCCCUCCAAGUAUGGGUCUCUCAAGGUGGUUAUCAGCAUGUCUGAACUACAGCCCGCCAGUCCAAGGCUGUAGUUUCCGAAAGCAAGUGUAUCCCCUAGAUCCAUAGUCUACUAACAGUUAUACAAUUAUGGCUUUAUGUACACCAAAAGUCUGUCUCUUCACCUAAGGUAGGAUAGGUCUUGGUGCGACUUAGUCAAAUUUUUAAUUAUAUCUUUCUUCAUCUGUUGUGUAAAUCAUCAGUCCGCUUAGAAGAAAGGGGCAAGUGUCGGAAUACAAAAAAAUGUUUACUGGAUUUCAGAGGCUCUAGAUAUUAAAAACGCUAUGCCAACCCCCCAACUCGACCGGGUAAACGAACAACAUCCACCUAAUCGAAGCAACAACGGGAUACAGGCAAUAUCAAGAAGACCACGAGGGUCAAGCAGACUAAAAGUCGCACGAACAGAGCUUAUCUUUCUUUUCCAUACUGGGUAGUUAUACUUAGCUUUGAUGACCCUAGUUGUUUUGUUUUUACCAUGGUAUCUCAAGGCUUUCGUAAAUGGCUUUUGAAAAGUUUAUUCUAAUUUUUGGCAUACCAGUAUUGUUUGUCUAGCAUGGAUUCGUCUCCCACGCGCAACAGGUAUCUGGAGAAGAUAUUGAAAUAUAACCUUCAAACAAUC